UUGGUCCACACUCCAGUACAGUAGGUGGCAGUAAUGCACCUUAAACGGGCAUGUAAACCGCAAUUAAGCCCCCGAAGAAGAAGUGGAAUCCGAAGAAGGCUACUCUGUUACCAUUGUAUUACUCACCUGUGAUAUCGAGGAUAGAAAGGUGCUAGCUGGCAAGAUGAAGCACUACGAGGUGGAGAUACUGGAUGCCAAGACCAAGGACAAGCUCUGCUUCCUAGACAAGGUCGAGCCAAAUGCCACUAUCGGGGAGAUCAAAUCUAUGUUUCACAAGAGCCAUCCUCAGUGGUAUCCAGCCAGACAGUCCAUUCGCCUCGACCCCAAGGGAAAGUCUCUGAAGGAUGAGGAUGUUCUACAGAAUCUUCCUGUGGGAACCACAGCAACCUUCUACUUCAGAGACCUGGGAGCUCAGAUCAGCUGGGUCACAGUCUUUCUGACAGAGUAUACCGGUCCUCUGGUCAUUUAUCUGUUGUUCUACUUCAGGGUUCCCUUCAUCUACGCACCCAAAUAUGACUUUACUACCAGUAAACACUGGGUGGUACAAUCUAAGCUCAAAAGCUACCCAGCUACUAGUUGUAGCUUCAUAGUUUGUGUACAGACACUGUUUGUCCAUCGCUUCUCUCAUGGAACAAUGCCAUUACGCAACAUCUUUAAGAACUGUACCUACUACUGGGGCUUCGCAGCAUGGAUGGCCUAUUACAUCAACCACCCGCUGUAUACACCACCCAUCUACGGGGAGCAACAGAUCAGACUAGCCCUCAUUGUAUUCUUGUUCUGUCAGAUUGGAAACUUUUCCAUCCACAUUGCUCUUCGGAACCUACGUCCACCAGGCUCUAAGACCAGGAAGAUUCCCUACCCAACCAAGAACCCUUUCACCUGGAUCUUCCUGCUGGUCUCUUGCCCCAACUACACCUAUGAGCUGGGCUCUUGGGUUGGCUUCACACUGAUGACCCAGUGCCUGCCGGUGGCUUUCUUCACCUUGGUGGGUUUCAUCCAGAUGACCGUGUGGGCUAAGGGGAAGCACCGCAGCUACCUGAAGGAGUUCCGUGACUACCCUCCUCUCCGAUCACCCAUACUGCCCUUCAUCCUGUAGAGGAUUACUUAACCCCUCCUUCAUGGUCUCUGUGGGAGUCGAGCGCCUACACCCUACCCCUAACUGAGAGGGUGCGCUUCCUUUAAUCUACACUGGAACUUAUUAGACUGACAAACCCACAAAUUUUCUCUUUUCCUGUCUCAUCCUAAAUUCCUGUAUGAGUGAAAAAUGUAAAACACUGUGCUUGCUUGAAUUCUUUUUGUUGUUGUUUUAUUGACCACAAACUCAUUGUGCUUGGUUAACUGACUUGCCUGCAUUUCAGCUCCUGGAGCCAUCCUCACCUGCCAACUACAGUGUAUACUGUGAUAUGUUAUCUAAUGUUUUUGGCACUGAAUUUGCAUCUGAUAUUUAGCAAGUCUUAAACUGUUGAGUUAGGAUAUCUAUAAUUCUAAAUUUGAAACCAUAACACUUGACAUCAGGACUAAUUUAUUAAAAAAGGAAAUCAAAAUGUUUCUUUGCUCAGUUUUAUGAAUAGUUUCUCUGAUCUGUGGGUGAUCGAUAAGACAAACUGCUCAUGUAAAGAUUUUAAGUGUAUAAAGUGAACAAUUAGGUGAGGUCAUGCAAAGGAUUACUGAAUGGUUUGAUGGUAAUAAAACCAGGACUGUAA